AUGAAAACUAGAGAAGCCACGUACUUAGGAGUUAGGAAAGAGAGUAGCCAGAAGCAAACAAGGAAAAAAUGAAUGAAUAUUAUAAACCAGAAUAAAAUCUCAUUCUAAUCUUAAAUCAUAAAUCCAUUCCCCACCUCUCAUACACCCUCUAAUCCAAAUUCCAAACCAUUUUUACCAAACCCAGCCCACAACCCAAACCCAAACCCCUAUUCUUUCUUCAUUCUAUUCCAGUUCCACCAUCACACCAUGUAUAUAACGCAAUCUAACAAAAAUUACGAAAUUGUCCCGGGGAAGAUCAACCAGCACCAGGGUUGAAAUGUCACCGCCGCCGCAGCAGCCACUGACCAACCUCCAAGACAACCUGGUGGUCGGGCUUCCGUCGCUGCCACAUCGACACCCUCUCUUUUUCUUCUCCCUCGCCGCCACAACUUCGCGUCCCCUCAGUCCCUCUCCGACUGGCUGAAACCGCGUUUGCCCUCCGAUUCGUUCGCCUCAUGGGGAAUCAAGCCUGGAACCAAGAACGUCCAUAACCUAUGGCUCGAGCUCGCAGAGGGUGAAACCUCCCUUGCCGAUUCCACACCUCCGAUUCGCACCGUUCAGGUCGUCACCGUCCGCGUUGCCGGAAAACACGGCAAGUUUCUCGUGGAGGCGUACCAGGAGCUCUCCGAUGGCAACGUUAGGAAGCGUGGCCGGCCUUUGUCGGAAAAGAUGAAGCCCAACGAAGAUCCCGAAUCCGCCGCCGUGAGGGCAAUUAGGGAAGAGCUUGGCUCCGUCAUCAUCGGUGGUGGAGAAGCUGGGGUUAUUGAGGUGGAGGACAUUGUUCGGAUCGAUCCGAAUUCGUACGAGAUGAGGGUGGAGGAGAAGGUUUCGGAUUCGUAUCCGGGUUUGCCCGGUUGCUAUGUGCUUCACACGGUGUGUGCCACCGUGGAAGGGUUGCCUGAGGGUGAUUUCUGCACCUAUGAGGUUGAGGAGUAUGGGGCUUCUGAAGAGAAGAAUCUCGCGGAUAAAGCUGUGUCUGUUAAGAAGCAUUAUUGGACAUGGGUUAGUGCUGAUUCCAUCAAACCUUGAUUGAUGACAUUUUCUUUUUGUUUUCUUAAUUUUGGUGUUGUGUUGAGAGUUUCUCUUUAUUUAUAGAUAUGGGAAUUGAUGCCAACAUUUUUGUACAUGUAAGUAAACUAUGACUUUAGCUUUUGGGAUUGGGGGGAUAAUAAAGUGGGAGUUUAAGCUUCUGCUUCUGGUUGGUGUUAAUAAAGCCAUUACAAUAUACAUAUACAACCGGUAUAUAGAAUUUUACUGUUUUCUGUGUAACUUUCUAUGUGGAUUACAUGAUUUGGUUUCAAAAACCGUGUUUGCACUUUUCA